AUGCAGAACGCUCCAGCAUCAGACGGUACCAAUUGGUUCGGUAACGACGAUGGCCCGAGGGCGUCCGCAUCGACCUACGCUUCCACGCUACCCCCGCACAAUGAACUAGAGAAAAGAAACCACGUUGAGCUCGUACAAGAGAGAUAUGAGGCAUUCCCGGCAGACGCCAUUGCUUCUACGCCGGACAGGAAGUUUUCACUCCGGCGAUACUGCCGUCAGUCCGGCAGGGAAGUGUGCCAUUCCUUAAGGAAAUAUCGACGGGCUCCUGGCGAGAAACGGGGUGCAUCCUUUCCUUGGACCGGCUUUCCGUCGUUUUGGCCGAAAUCCAACGCCCAGCGGAACCCUCGUAUUGAUCUAAGAAGACAAGACUCUGGAUAUAAAUCAGGCCUGGAAGAAGAUGCGAUAUCGCAACGGAAAGAGUGUGCUAUAGACGACACCCCUUUUCCGCAGGAUGAGCCUUCACCAACGAAUACGAUAAAAUUGGAGUUUUCCAAUUACGCUCAUGUAGAUAUCGAGAGACGGGGCUCAAGAAUCUCAAAACGCUACGAUUAUGAGUAUUGGAGUACAAAAUAUCAAUGGAGGAGGUCAAUCCAACACGACACUUGCUCAGAAACGCUCUCCUACCACCUAUACGAUUUGAACAAGCCAAAACCCGUUGCGCACAUCGUCCCCGAAUCAUUAGCCCCAAUGGAAGCCCUUGACGAAGAGAGCAAGGGUGGUUGGGUUCCACCAUCGUCGAUAUGGAUCAGCGACGCAUCGAUUUUUGAAAAAAUGAGCGAUAUUGCGGAGUGGGUUCUCCCUUGA